CAUGAGUUUCUAACCUCAAACUUGAAAAUCUAUAUCUUUGGUUUUGAUAUCUAGCAUUAACUUUUGCUCAUUUUGCAAUCAGAAAGUCUUGCAAUAAAAUCGGUUUAUUAGUGAAAGAUAGUGAAAAGAACUUUUUUCUAAAUUAAAAACUAUACGAGAAACCAUCAAUAUUCAGGUGGUCUGUGAAAUAGUUUAAGAGGAAAAUAAUGAUAAUAAAAAAUGCAUGACCAUUCGUGUGGAAUUUUGAUUAAUGGCAAUCACACGGACAUCUGUUUUAAAGUUUAUAGCAAUCGCAUAUUCCUAAUUAUUAGUCAAUUUAAAAAGUUCGGAUCUAUGAUCACAGUUGAAAGAGAAUCAUCUCUGAAAGAAUUCAGCAGUGACGUGUAUAGUACAAGAGCUUUGUUUGGAAAAGAUGAGCCAGAAAUACACGCAGCAGCGAGAUUCAUAGCUGAACAAAUUAAUAUAGAUCGUUCUCUUCUUCUUUCUAUAUGCCUGAAAGAUUAUAAUCCAGAAACUGUGAAAAGCAUAGUUUCGACUAUAAACAACAUUAGGAGUUGGUAAAAAUAAAAGUAUAAAAAAAUGAGUCUUGUAUAUGGCCAGCUGGUGAUUGGUCCACCGGGAAGCGGAAAAACGACCUAUUGUAAUGGAAUGGGAGAGUUUCUUGAAUCCCUCGGUAGAAAAGUUGCUAUAGUUAACAUCGAUCCAGCGAAUGAAAAUAUGGAAUACAAUCCGAAGAUAGAUAUUACAGAAUUAAUUAAACACGAUGAAGUCAUGUCAACUUUUAAACUUGGACCGAAUGGUGCUCUAGUUUAUUGUAUGGAAUUUUUGGAAACAAACAUUGAUUGGUUAAUUAAGAAAAUUCUUAAUUUAAAAGACCAUUAUUUUUUAUUCGAUUGUCCUGGUCAGGUUGAAUUGUACACACACCAUGAAUCAAUGAAUGGAAUAACAGCGAAAUUGACCGAAAACUUAUUAAGAUUGUGCAGUGUUAAUUUAAUCGAUUCUCACCAUUGCAGUGAUCCUGGAAAAUAUUUGUCAUCCUUAAUGGUUUGCACAAGUACAAUGUUGAAUUUGGGAUUGCCACACGUAAACAUAAUGACAAAGUUUGACGAGAUGAAACGAUUUAGUGAUCAACUAGAUUUCAAUAUUGACUUUUAUACAGAAGUUUUGGAUCUAAAAUAUCUUCUAGACAAACUGGAUGAGGAUCCUCUCACAGCAAAAUACAAAAAACUCAACGCUGCCCUAGUAGACGUGGUUGAAAUGUACAGUUUGGUUCGUUUUCAGCCUCUUGACAUUAAGAACAAAGCCCUGCUUUUAAAAGUGAAAAACGAAGUGGACAAAGCAGGGGGUUAUGUAUUUGGAGGCAAUGAACCUCAAGAUGUUCAAACACUUCUUGCUUGUGCAGUUGGAGCCGAACCUGAAACUGAAAGAGUCUCUACACUCGAUGCUUACUUUUAGCAAUAAAAACACUAGUUUUUGUGUCUAAAAAGUGUUAUAUUAUCUGUAAUAUUUAUAAUUUUCUAAAUCCUAAUGCGGCUAUAUACAAUAAAGUUUUCACAUUUGUAAAAA